AAGACCAAUUCUCGCGAGAUUUAGCGGCACCAUACAGUAGAUAGGGUUUAUGAUGCUUAUGGUCCUAGCAACCGGUCGUAAAGUAACUUAUCGUAUAGAAGCUGUUUGACAGUGGUAAAGGACAUUGUGUGUAUUUGAAUAUGUAAGGCCAAAACAUUAUAAUAUCGUCUUCUCUAAUAUACUGUGAGAAGUCUGGAUCAUUUAAGAGAUAGAAUAGAAAUGCUGCAGUUAGCAUAGCUAGCUACAUGCUGCAGUUAGCUUUGUCUGGGACAACGUGAAGAACAUCUUUACAGAAUAUUUAUCCUAGAGUCAACUCUGUCUUUGUAGUUAGCUAACAAUGAAGUGUCACUAUGAAAUCUUGGGUGUGAAACGAGACGCAGGAGACGAUGAGUUGAAGAAAACGUAUCGUAAAUUAGCAUUGAAGUGGCAUCCGGAUAAAAACUUGGACAAUGCUGAAGAUGCGGCGGAGCAGUUCAAGCUUAUUCAGGCAGCUUAUGAGGUCCUGAGUGAUCCGCAGGAGAGAGCUUGGUAUGACAAUCAUAGGGAGGCUCUUCUGAAAGGAGGAAUCAGUGGAGAUUAUGAAGAUGACAGCAUUGACCUGCUGCAGUACUUCACGGUCACCUGCUACUCUGGCUAUGGAGAUGACGAGAAGGGCUUUUACACAGUCUACAGGAAUCUUUUUGAGUCCAUUGUGAAGGAGGAGAUGGAGCACAGCAAGGUGGAAGAUGAGGAAGAGGAGGAGUUUCCUCCCUUUGGAGACUCACAGAGUGACUAUGACACCGUAGUGCACGUGUUUUACGGCUACUGGCAGAGCUUCUGCACUCGUAAAAACUUUGCCUGGAAGGAGGAGUAUGAUUCGAGGCAGGCCUCCAACCGCUGGGAGAAAAGGGCCAUGGAGAAGGAGAACAAGAAGACCAGAGAAAAGGCUCGAAAGGAGCGCAACGAGCUUGUGCGUCAACUCGUUGCUUUUGUUCGCAAGCGUGACCGGCGUGUGCAGGCCCACAGGAAGCUGGUGGAGGAGCAGAACGCUGAGAAGAUCAAGAAGGUGGAGGAGCUGAGGCGGGAGCAGAGGCUCAGACAGGCCAAACUGGCAGAGGAGUACAAGGAGCAAAGCUGGGCGGCCAUGUCUGAACUUGAGAAGGAGCUGCAGCAGAUAGAGGCUCAGUAUGGAAAGGAGUUUGGAGAUGCAUCCGAGAGUGAGGAAGAAGAGCCGGAUAUGGACACACGGGAGAAGAACAGCGACGAGGGAGGAGAUGCAGAGCAGCCCAAUGGACACGAACUGACAAUUGAUGAUUAUUAUGAUGGUCUGUACUGCCCAGCCUGUGACAAAUCCUUCAAAUCAGAUAAAGCUAUGAAAAACCAUGAAAAAUCGAAAAAGCACAGGGAGAUGGUGGUGUUUCUACGGCAACAGCUGGAGGAGGAAGAUGAUUUACUUGGUUUGAACCUGAACGGAAAGGAGGGAAGAGAGGAGCAAAAUGAGGAGGAGGAGGAGGAGGAGGAAGAUGAGGAGGAAGACAAGCCAAGGCAAAAGCUGUCCAAAAAGCAAAAGAGGAAAAAGAAACAGAAGAAAGUAGUACAGCAGAGUGCUCCAGAGGAGGAGGAGGAGGAGAAGGAGAAGGAGAAGGAAGAAGAGAAACCAACGCUGACCACGUGCGAGGAAGAUGCCCCCGAGAAGUCAGAGAACACUACAGAGCCGGAGAAGCAGUACGAUCCCCCUCCAACAGAAGUCAAGAGCAGCUCUGGGAAGCCGAAAGGAAAGAAGGGAGGAGGAAAAGAAAAAACGAAGAAUAUCAAGUCAAACACAGAAGGAGAACAGCUUCCUGAGAAGGAAAUAAACCUCCGCUGUGUGACCUGCGACAAUGAGUUCUCCACAAGAAACAAGUUGUUUGACCAUCUAAAGACCAGCGGUCACGCCAGCCCUCUCUCUUCAAACGCUCCCAACAGCUCCAUGAACAAGAGCAAAAAAGACAAGAAGAAGAACAGAUAACAAAUUAUCUGGGCAGAUGAACCUAAAAGAGUUUGACUCAGCAGGGACACAGGAAACCGAAGUCUCCCGGUAGGAAAAUAGAAAAAAAAAAGCUUUGAAAGUGGACUUUUAAUGGACUGCUUGGCUAACGAAGAGCAGAUAGUUGUUUUUGUUUUGUUUUUUUAAUUACACAAUAGUCUGAUCAGUAAGACAGUUGUGUAUGUGUGAGAGAGAUACGACUGUUUUACUAUUGUAAAAUAUAGUUUUCCAGAUUAGUAUGAUGAAAUAUUUUCAGUACCUUUCCCAGUAACUUAUGAACGUCUCUGUACUGAUAAACCUAUGUGGAGAAAUAAAAACACAGUAUGUGCAUAGGAUACACCCUAUUAUUAGAUUUAUUAGAGAGUGUUUUGGGAAUCACCUCUUGGUUUGUCGUAGGGGUAUCAGUGUAUCAUAAAAACAAAAGGUGACGAUACUGCAUGCUGGUAUUUAUACAACAACUCUGGAUUGAUUUGCAUUAAUGCCUCAGGUAACCAUGUCUAACAAUAAACUCCUGUAUGUUCGAUAUUUCUGUACAAAA